UGUAGAGAGAGAGAGAGAGAGCGCGCGAGAGAGGAGGAGAUUGGAGAGCAAAGCUGAACUUUGGAAUUUGGAUCAAUACAUAAAACCUUUCUGGUACCCUAAAUGGAGAGUUAGGGUCCAAAGAGAGAACUAGGAGGAGAUCAAGAAGACUCAGUAAUAUUACCAGUCACCGGCUAAUCGCUCUCGUCUUUCUCACCCAACUCAAAAUGAUAUCCCAAGAAGAAGUUUCAAGAUCACUAAGAAAUGUUCAACCAGCUGACUACAUAUUCAAGAUAGAGUCUUUCUCCUUACUUUCGGAAACAGAGUUUGAAAGUUAUGAAUCAAAUGAUUUUGAAGCUGGUGGUUAUAAAUGGAGAUUGUCUUUCUAUCCGAAUGGGAAUAAGAAAAGAAAUGUGGAAGAUCACAUCUCAUUUUACCUGCAAAUAGCUGAUACAGAUAAUCUUCUUUCUCCUUGUUGGGAGGUUAAUGUAAAUUUCAAAUUAUUUGUUUAUGAUCAUAUCCGCGACAUGUACUUAAGCGUCGAAGAUGCUGGACAAGUAAGGCGCUUUCAUUGGAUGAGGACUGAAAAUGGUUUUGACCGUUUUCUUUCACUGGAUACAUUCAAAAAUGCUUCAAAUGGGUACCUCGUGGAUGAUUGUUGUGUAUUUGGAGCAGAGGUUUUCGUUAUUAGAAACACAGGCAAAGGCGAGUGUCUGUCCAUGAAAAAGGAACCAUAUUACAAAACCAGCUACACUUGGAGGGUUGGUGAUUUUUUAAACCGAGAAUGUCUUAACUCCAAUGUGUUUAAAGCCAAAGAAUGGAACUGGAGGCUGCAGCUCUAUCCCAAAGGAGAUGAAACGACGGAUGGCCAAUGUGUAUCCCUUUAUCUUAAAGUUGUUGAUUGUGAAACGCUUCCUGUGAAUUGGAAAUUGUAUGCAAAAUGCAAGUUGAGGAUCAAACGCUACGAUAACAUCUAUGAAAAAGAAGUUUAUUGCUGUUUUCGUGCCUCGUGUGAUCGUUGGGGUUUCCGGAACUUCAUGCCGAGUAGCACGCUUGAGGAUUCGGUAACAAAGUUACUUGGAGGCAAUGAAAUAACGGUUGAAGCUGAAAUUGAAAUCUUGUCUGUGAUUAAGAAUUUAACAUAAAAAAAGUUCAUAUUACCUUAAGAAUUGAGAUACUCUUCUUGAACUGUUGUAUUUGUCUAUGUAUAUAUAUAUAUAUAUAUGUAUGUAACAAAUAUGAAGUGGUGUGUCGGGAUUCAUCAUUUCUAUCUUUACUCAGUUACAAUAGUAAACUUCCCUGCUCUUUGCUAUUCUCAUA